AUGAGCCACGCCCUCGGCCGCUCGCCCCUUUUGCUGGUGCUGCUGCUGCUGCUGGGAAGCGGCGCGCUGCUUUCCGUGGACGGCAAGACCGUGCAUCGGCGCACGGACAAGAUAUCCGAGAACUUUAAGCAGCUCGAUUUGCCGCCCGAGGAAAUCGAUCCGAAUGUAGCGCCGCCCGAGACGGAGCCACAGAAGCCAGCCGCCGCAGAUCUGCCAGCGCCGGAGACUGCGUCCGUGGUGGAUGCAAUUGUGGAUGAGAGCGCCAACGAGAUUGCCAGCGUGGAUGCGGCACCAGCUGCCGCCGCCGCCGCCGUCGCAGAGAUAACCACGGCCAAGCCGAAGCCGACGACGACGACGACGACGACGAAGCCGCAGGAGGAUGGGGAGAAGAAUCCGAUUAGCCGUUACUGCAAGUGCUCGGAAUCGCAUUGCGACUGCUGCCGGAAGUUCGGACUGCCGCUGCUGCCGAGCGGGCCGGGCUGCGCCAAGAUCUCGUAUCUGGGCAACGACGAGAUGAGCGUCUCGCUCAAGUUCGGCGAGAUUACGCUCGCCUCGCGGCGCAUCUCCAGCAAGCGGGCGCGUCCCAUAUGCGUGGGCAUGCCCGGCGGCUAUUCGAAAUUCUGCGGCCGGGUCUACGGUCUGUCGCGGGCCAAGGAGAACUUCAAGGCGUGCCUGGCGUUCGAGCUGCGCGCCGAGGACGAGGUGGAGGCCCAGCUGCCCAUCUCCUGCUUCAAGUUCGGCGCCGAGGGACUGCGCGUCGCCGAGGCGGAGCCGCUGCCCACCAAAAUCAAGCAGGAGGAGGACGACGACGAUGACGACAUCUUCGGCUUUGGCGCUGGUGGCGACGACGACGACGAAGACGAGGACGAGGACGACUACGACGAUGGCGAUGGCAAUGCCGAGCCCUCGGCGGAGGACGACGACGCCGACGCCGACGACUAUGCGGAGGAUGACGACACUGAGGCGCCCGAAGAUGCCGACUACGGCGGCUUCAGCCUGGGCGGCCUGCUCGACGAGCUCGACGACGACGAGGACGACAAGCCCAGCAAGAAGCCGGCCGUAGCCGCCAGCCCGGCGGCCGCCAGCCCGGCCGUCGUCGACCAGACGACGCGCGAGCACGUCGAAACGGAUACGGCCCAGAGCAAGGAUGAGGCCGGAACUCCCGUCGCCGCCGGCGAAGCGCCUCCCGUGGUUGAGGAGGCGCCGGCAGCGGCAGCUGUGACUGCGUCGCCCGUCGAGGCCACCACGGCCAAGGUGACCAAGUCCAAGAAGGCGAAAAAGAACAAGAAGAAGAAGAAGAAGGCAGCCAACGAUACGGCCGGAGGCGGGGGCGGGGGCGACUUCGCCUACGAGCUGCUCAACGGCAUUCUGGAUUUUUUCAACUGAGCGGCCAGCGCGAAUUCGCCAACAUGCUUGGCAACACUGUAAAUACCCUAUAUCGACGUUGAGCUGCGUUUACGGACAGAGCGCGAAAGAGAGACAGCGAGAACGACAAAAGAGAGAGAGAGCGAGAGAACGAGUGAGAGCGAGAGAGAGAAUAAUGCCGAGUAGUUAGUUUCUAAUUUUGCUAACUUAUUUAUUUAUACUUAUAUAUAUACGUACGUAUUUAUUCGACCCAUCUGGCAAUACCCCGAACCCGAGCACGACA